AUGGGUCGCAAACCCAACCAACUCAUCCUUGAGUUCUUCAUCCGAGGCCAGAAACUCGAGGAUGCCAGCAACCGCUACCAGCAUACCUGCAAGGCCUGCGGCGAAAAAUUCCCCAAGGGCCGCAUUGACAGCUUGACCAACCAUCUUGUCAAGAAAUGUCAGGCCAUCCCGCUGCGUGACCGCCAACGCGUCCUGCUGCGACUGCACGAGCUCCCCGAUCUGGCCGAUGGCGAUCAGAAUAAAGAUCCCAACGCCGCGGGGCAAGGUAAAGGCAAGGGGUCCGAUGUGUCCUUUACGACGCGCCAGAAUUUUGACGGCCUCAAUGUGUUGGCCGAGGCGUCGAGACAGGUCGGCGCGUCCGACCAGACGAAACGGGGUCCUGCCUACACGCAGGGUGUCACCGUUGGAGGGAAGACUGUCGUCGUUGAUCCGGCACUCGAGGCAGAGGGUUUUCAGGGCUCUCCUGUUCAGCAGGAGAAUAUCGACGAGGAUGUGAAACCGCCUCUAUCUCCUCAAGCUUCGAACUCCUCUGUCGUUCCCCCCUCUCUCAACACCGCUCAGGAUCCGCAAUCGUCGCAGCCGCAGCCACCACCGUCGGCAUCGCCUACCUUGGGCGAAGCUUCGCUGACCCCCGACGCGGCUUCCAAUGCGCGCCAGCAAUCGCAGCUGUCCAUGAUUGCAGCUUCCGCGAGUGAGAUGGUUCCUCAGGGCAUCUCGAUGGAUCAGGAUUCGGACGGUCUUCCGAAGCUGCCAUGGAACCAGCAGCUCACAACCCAUGAGCAGCUCCUCUUCGACAGCCUUCAGGAACACGACCCCACCCUGACUGCCGCGACGCAACGCGCCGCUACAUUCCCUCGUCCCAUUGCAAUGAAUCCCAACUCCCAGGCUAAGGGGUUCGUAAAUGAAUUUGGAAACUCGACCAAACCUACAAAACCCAAGGUGCGCGGCCGCUUCUCCGCCGCCAGACGUAGAGAAGUGCAGGAGGUCCGGAAACGCGGCGCGUGCAUUCGCUGCCGUAUGCUGAAGAAACCGUGCUCCGGCGACAGCCCUUGUACUACCUGCGCGAGUGUUGAAAGCGCCCGUCUUUGGAAACACCCGUGCAUUCGCACGCGCAUUGCAGAAGAAUUCGAGCUGUAUAGUGCCAAUCUACAUGCCACUCUCGCGUACCACGAUGUGAGCAGUAUCCGCAAUCAGGUGACGUUCGAGCACUAUGCGGGUCGCAUCGAAGUCACGCACUUUGAAGAAAGCAUGGUCUACGUCACGUUCAGUGGUCUCCAGGGCCACAAGCCGCCGUCGUCGACGCUGGAUCCGCAGCUCCAGGGACUGGGAGACGACACGCAAUUCCAGGGGCCUCUCUCCGAGCUUUACCUGCUCGACAGUGACGCGGACGAUCUGCCCGGUAAUCUGGAGACAUACAUCAAGAAGACUGCGCCAUUUUUCUACGAGCGCGAAACUUCGGAGUUCAUGCGGCCUACUCUUCUGCUGGCGGCCGAGCUGAGCACGCAGAAAAAGGAUACCCUGCUGGAACGGGUGCUGGAAUUGUGGGUUGCAACCCACAUCCUGGUCGACUCCGAGUUACGCUGGAAGACGUUCUACAACCCGACCCUCCCCCCUACCUCGAUGCACUCUCUUGCGCAGCCCUCCGACGACGGGCGUAUGCCGAUCGACGAAGUCAGCAACCCCGAAUCCUACGCGCUCUUAUGCUGCCAGCUGCGCGCCGCGACGGAGAAGCGCGCGUCGCAGUUGAGCAAGUCAGUGAUGAACGACCUCGAGCGCCGUCUACUCCAGCGCCAGCAGAGCGGCUGGUUCGAGACGUUCCUAGUCUCCAUCGUCUUGCUGAACUGCGUGGAGCGAACCUGCUGGCUGUUCCGGUCGUGGGAAGGCGAAGCGUUCGCGCAACGGUGGCCAUUGGACAAGCGUCCCCCCUACUACGCCAGCCAAGGCGACCGCUUCUCAGACAUCCUCCACAUGCUUCUGAAGAUGCGCAGUCUGCCGCCCAAGGCCACCCCUCGCCCCGACACGGGCGUCUUAAAGGCGGUGGACCUCAGCGACGAAAACGCCGCUCGGUGGUUCGACAUGAUCAAAGUGACGCCCCAAUACCUCGAACAGCGCCAAAACGCCGACUUCGACCCCAACGACUCCCGCUCCCUGGACCUCCGCUACGGCGCCAAACUGCUCCCGCCUGCCAACUCCUACACGUGA